AUGGACCUCCGUGAAUCAAUAACCUACCAAACCAACGUUUCCUUCACCAUCGCCAACCAUUUGUUCUCGAAAGUAUCUCAUCAAGAUAACAACAUCGUGUUAUCGCCAUUGUCGCUCCAACUUGUGCUUAGCAUCAUCGCUGCUGGUUCCGACGGUCCCACACAGCAACAGCUUCUUCAAUUCCUCCGAUCCAAAUCCACCGAUCAUCUCAACUCCCUCGCCUCUCAGCUUGUUUCCGUCGUCCUCACCGACGCUGCUCCCGCCGGCGGACCUCUCCUCUCUUUCGUCGAUGGUGUGUGGAUUGAACAAACCCUAUCUCUUCAACCUUCCUUCAAACAAAUCGUGUCUGCUGAUUUCAAAGCCAAUUUGUCAUCCGUAGAUUUCCAGAACAAGGCUGUUGAAGUGACCAAUGAAGUGAAUUUAUGGGCUGAAAAAGAAACUAAUGGCCUCAUUAAAGAACUUGUUCCUGUAGGAUCAGUUAACAGCUCAACCAGGCUCAUCUUUGCUAAUGCACUUUACUUUAAAGGAGCAUGGAGUGACAAGUUUGAUGCCUCGUUAACCAAAGAUGACGAUUUUCACCUUUUGAAUGGUAGCUCAGUCAAGGUUCCCUUCAUGACCAGCAAGAAGAAACAGUUUAUUAGAGAAUUCAAUGAUUUUAAAGUCCUUGGUCUUCCUUAUAAGCAAGGCGAGGAUAAGCGGCAAUUCUCUAUGUAUUUUUUUCUUCCAAAUGCAAAAGAUGGAUUAUCAGCUUUGGUUGAGAAAGUGGCUUCUGAAUCUGAGUUACUUGAUCACAAGCUUCCUUCUCAACAAGUGGAAGUAGGUGACUUCAGGAUUCCGAGAUUCAAAAUUUCAUUUGGGCUUGAAACUUCUGAUUUACUGAAAGAGUUAGGAGUGGUUCUACCUUUCUCUACAGGAGGUUUGACAAAAAUGGUAGACUCUCUUGAGGGUCAAAACCUUUGUGUUUCUAAUAUAUUUCACAAGUCUUUCAUUGAAGUGAAUGAAGAAGGCACAGAAGCUGCUGCUGCCACAGCAGCAACAAUACUAUUAAGGAGUAUGCGUGUUCCAUCUCCAGUAGACUUUGUAGCUGACCGUCCUUUCUUAUUUGUGAUUAGGGAAGACUUGACAGGAACAAUCCUCUUUGUUGGUCAGGUGCUCAAUCCUCUUGUUUAA